AUGAGACUCAGACUCGCUUCCUACAGCACCGAACCCACAAUCACCGAGCUCAGAGAUACAGAAAUGUUUGCUAAAUUCGUCAAUUCCGAGAAACCCUCUGUUAUUGACUUCUACGCUACGUGGUGUGGCCCUUGUAAAGCCAUUGCACCUAUCUUUGAUAAGAUCGCUGCGGCAGUGCCGGAGGCCCAAUUUGCCAGAGUUGACGUCGACGAAGCCCAAGAUGUGGCUGGUAAAAACGAAAUCUCGGCAAUGCCAACUAUCUUAUUUUUCAAAAAUGGCGAGCAAUCUGGGAAGAUCGUUGGUGCUGACCUUCAGCAGUUGGUGAAGUUGAUUGAAGAAAACACUGGCGUCGACAUCAAGUCCAGAAAACUCUAA